UUAAGGUGGGCCCAUAUUCGAAGUUUUAAUGCUGCACACAUAUCAUCGGUCACGCACAACACAUCCUCCCUCUGCCGCUGAAAACCCAAAAUCCCUUUCAAAGAAAGGAAAUGGCGGGAGAUGAAGUCGCCUCCGAGCUGUCUUCGUUCUUGGAAUCGGGCAUCUAUCGAUUUCCGAGCCAGAAUGCGAUUUUUAUGGAUCCUGUUCGAGUUCUCAACGAUUCCUACACCCGUUUUAAGAUCUCUCCCUCUGCGUAUUACUCUCGCUUCUGCGAUUCCUCUCUAAAGGAAGAGGGCAGAGAUGCGGUUAGGGUUUCGUCCGGAAGCAGCGCAAGAAGAAAGAAACGGAAGAGGAGAAUUCACGAACUCAAUCAAAGGGAAAUUUCCGCCGAGAAACGUCACCAGGCGACAAGGCCUUUCUUACUGAGGGCACAUGAAGAAUUUCUUGUAGCCAAUGACCUUUUGUCUUUUCUUUGCAAUCUAAAAAGAGAUGGAUGUGGUUCGGUUGGAAACAAAGAUUCAUCACCUGUAGGGAAAGACACUGGACCAUCUUUUGUUGACCUUGGGUGCACUUGGCAGGCACCUUUAUAUGAGAUGUCCCUUUAUUGCUGUGCAGAUGAUAAUCACAUUGAUGAUAAAGGUACGCAGCUCGUCCAAUGUGGUGAAGGGAUGGUGGUUCAAGCAUUUAAUAACUUAUUUGUCAAUGAGAGCAGCGAUGAUAAGGUGGCUGAAUUUCUCAGCCAUUGGUACAUAAUACCUAGAAAAAGCUGCUUCCACAUGUCUGACUUGGGACAUAUUCACGAGCUGAUUCCUGUUCAGUCUGCUGAUGGCUUCAACCUUAUCGUCAUCGAUCCACCAUGGGAAAACGGAAGUGCACAUCAGAAAUCCGUGUACCCAACAUUGCCUAAUCGGUACUUUUUGUCUCUCCCUGUCAAGCAACUCACUCAUACAAGAGGAGCACUUGUGGCUUUGUGGGUGACAAAUAGAGAGAAGUUAUGGGUAUUUGUUGAGAAAGAACUUUUCCCCGCCUGGGGCAUCACAAAUGCGACUCUCUUGUACUGGUUGAAGGUGAAAGCGGAUGGGUCACUGAUUGGUGAAUUGGACCUAUUUCAUCACAGACCAUAUGAAUGCCUUCUUCUGGGCUACAGCUAUGGAAAGGGGACGGAUUCUGAACAUCAGCCAGCAUAUAAACCUUUACCUGGUAAUCAAGUUCUCAUUAGCAUCCCUGGACAUCAUUCAAGAAAGCCUCCACUCGGAAAGAUGUUAUCAGAUUAUAUACCAGGACCCAAGCCUGCUAGGUGUAUCGAGCUUUUCGCUAGAGAACUGACAGCCGGAUGGACUUCUUGGGGAAAUGAGAUUCUCCACUUUCAAGAGUCAAGAUAUUUCAUGAACAAAUUUAUAAAUACAACAUUAAAAGAAUGUUGCUGACAAUAUGACGAAGGCUUCCCUACAUCGGUUUAAUAUCUGCAUUUCAUAUUUGCAAUGAUUUUUCAUAUUAAAGAAAUCAGUAAUGCAGAUACUCUUCAUUGUUUGGAGGCUACCUAGCAUUAUACUUGAAGCCAAUGGCCUGGUUCCCAUGCCACUUUGUGCUAGAAACUACGAGGACUAACAAUUCCUCUACAUCAUUUACUGUGUGGCACACAAUCCUAACCUUCUAAGCAAUGAACUUCUGAUUGAAUGUGGGCAGUUGUUGGCUUCUCUUUUGCUGCCCAUUCAUACCCCAUCACUGUGAUGUCUUCUUUAUGGUUGAUUUACUAUUAAACCUACCCAAUAUACAGUCCAAAUCUCAUCCAGUCACACUGCUUGGACGGUAAACGAUGCGGAGGCAUGGGAGUCAACAGAAUGGAUCAUAGAGAAAAAUAGCUAUGGUGAACAAGUUUAUGUACAUGCGUACGGUGAGACAACAUGGUGGAUCACCUGAAAAGAAAAAAGAAGAGAAGUUUGCAAUCAAUGUUUUCUUUUAUUUUAGAUAUAGAAAUCAACACAAAUUCAAUCAAGGGUGAGAUUUAACCGCUUACAUUGAUAGUUUAACCAGAAGAGGGUCUCAGCAAAAGUACAUUUUACAUAUCUUUCUAUCAGAGGACAUUUUUGUUUCAGCCAAUUUGGUGGAUAUGUGUUUGUAGCCGCAAAAUGAUGACAAUUGAAGUCAUUUUAAUUGUAUUUGUUGUUUAAGUUACCAUGCAAUGUCUUUAGAUAAAAUUGAUUGUGUAUGCAAAGACAGGUUGAGUUUAUAAGAUCAUUAGAUAGAAAGUUUUGAGUUUGUCUGGAAGUUUGAUGUUAAAGACAAGAAGCACAUAUAUUUUAUUUAUUGAUAAUACAAAAGUUGUUGCGUGAA